CUACAAGUUGCUAUAAAAGCAACACCAUUAUCCGCUGAAGAUAUUAGACGCUACACUCAAGAAGAUGGCGAGCUGAAACGGAUUAUAAGUUACCUUGAACAUGGUUGGUCUUCUCAUAUAGACAACAAAAAUAUUGAACAGUAUGCUCACCGACGAAAUUCUUUAUCGCUUGUGGACGGGUGCCUAAUGUUUGGAAAUCGAGUUAUUGUACCCACAAGCCUACGCCGGAAGGUGAUGUUAGAACUGCACGCUGCACACCCAGGGGUAGCGCGGAUGAAAGCACUUGCACGCGGUUAUGUAUAUUGGCCGAAUAUUGAUGCGCAGAUUGAAGAAUAUGUUGCGAAAUGUUCAGCAUGUGCAAAAGCCAUGAAAGCCCCUCGCAAGACCGAAGUGCAGAGUUGGGGAACACCAUCAAAUCCGUGGUCAAGAGUUCAUGUAGAUUUUGCUGGUCCUAUAAACGGUAAACAGUUCUUGAUAAUCAUUGAUGCUUUCUCUAAGUGGCCAGAAGUCCACUAUAUGAAAUAUGUCUCAACACAAGCUACAGUGAAGAAACUGAGGCAAGUAUUCAGUUGUUUUGGGUGUCCAGAUAUAUUGGUGUCAGACAAUGGACCACAGUUUACAUCUGCUGAAUUUUCGAGGUUCUGCAUUGCCAAUGCCAUUAGGCAUAUCAAGACACCCCCAUACCAUCCACAGUCUAACGGCUUAGUCGAAAGGUUCGUGGACACUUUUAAAAGAGCAUUGCUUAAAGCCGAAGGGGAAGGAGAAAUAGAAGAUAUAAUUCAACGAUUUUUACUAAGCUACCGCGCAACUCCCAACCCAGCAACAAAUAAUCAAGAAAGCCCGGCAGAAGUAAUUUUUGGAAGAAAGAUUAGAAUACCUAUGGAACAAAUGAAGCCAAAACCUGAAAUCAUUCAAUGCAAGAAUAAACGAAUGGAACUGCAAUUUAACAAAAGGCAUGGUGCCUUACCCAGAAGGUUUAAUGUAGGACAAGCAGUAAUGGCAAGAGAUUUCCAGGGAGUAAAGCCAACCUGGAAAUUUGGCAUCAUAGUCCGAAGAAAAGGGAAAGUUAUUUAUGAAGUGAAAGUUGGACAGAAGAUUUGGGUACGACAUGCAAACCAGAUACAGCCGACCAGACAGGAGUGGGAGAUAGAAAGUGAUAGAAAGCAUGAUAUACCAUUAAAUAUAUUAACCGAGUCGGAUAAUGAAAUUAAAAAGGACCCGAAUAAAAAGAAGACGUGUACAACACUCCCAAGGCGGUCGCAGCGCAUCAGGCGGGAACCUAAUCGUAUAAAAAUAAAUCCCAAGGAUCGCUAUUAUCCAUGAUGCUUCAAAAAAGGGGGAGGUGUUAUAUACUAGGAAAAAGUAAGUACUGAUAACUUACGGGACCUCUUAUUAGACUAUUAAUCCAUUUAUAUUCCUAUUGGAUAGUUGUUAAAUAAGUGACCUAAUCGUUUCCGUGUUCCUCUUAUCAUAACCUUUAUUUUGACCUUGGAACUAUUAUUAUUGAUUACUUCC